AUGGCUGCAGAUGAGGGUCAAGAUGUAAUUACACUCACAACUGACAAACUUUCUGCUGAUGGCGUCUCUGAAUCUGUGACGUGUCCCUCCUGUGGUGCUAUAUCGCUAUUUAUUGGUACUACCAGAGAUAAUUUUGAGGGUAAAAAAGUAAUACAGCUUGAAUAUGAGGCGUACAUUCCAAUGGCAGAGUCAGAACUGAGGAAGAUCUGCAGUGAUAUCAGGACAAAGUGGCCCAGUGUCAGACAUAUUAGCAUACAACAUAGACUUGGUGUGGUUCCUAUAACAGAAGCAAGCGUUAUAAUAGGGAUCUCAUCACCACACAGAAAUGAUUCCCUGGAGGCGGUGAGAUACUGCAUCGACACACUCAAAGCGACUGUACCAAUCUGGAAAAAGGAAAUAUAUGAGUCUGGGGAGCCUUGCUGGAAAGAGAACAAGGAGUGUUUGUGGGCAGAUGGUGGAAAAGAUUCCAAGGUCCUUCAGGACGCAUUUCAUUGACCAGCAUGUGGCCGUUUUGCAGUUCUGUGGAUGGUGAACAGAUGAUGAAGACGGUUACGGCUUUGAGGAUGGGAAUUUCAAGACAUCCUGUUAUUUGUAAUCAUGAGACUGGAUUAGUCAUCUCGCAAAUCAACAACUUAAUCUAGAUCUAAUUAAAAACAUUAUUGCACAAAUAA